GAAUCCUUUGUUCCUGCAGAAUGCCGGUCUGGGGAGGUGGAAACAAGUGUGGGGCCUGCGCAAGGACUGUGUACCACGCUGAGGAGGUGCAGUGUGACGGGAGGAGCUUCCACCGCUGCUGCUUUCUGUGCAUGGUUUGCAGAAAAAAUUUAGAUAGCACAACAGUGGCAAUUCACGAUGAAGAGAUCUACUGCAAAUCCUGCUAUGGAAAAAAGUAUGGGCCAAAAGGCUAUGGUUACGGCCAGGGUGCUGGCACACUCAACAUGGACCGUGGGGAGCGGCUGGGCAUCAAGCCAGAGAGUGCUCAACCCCACAGGCCUACAACAAAUCCAAACACUUCUAAAUUUGCUCAGAAAUUUGGAGGUGCUGAGAAGUGUUCCAGAUGUGGGGAUUCUGUAUAUGCUGCUGAGAAGAUAAUUGGAGCUGGAAAGCCCUGGCACAAAAACUGUUUCCGAUGUGCCAAGUGUGGGAAGAGUCUUGAAUCAACAACUCUGACUGAGAAAGAAGGUGAAAUCUAUUGUAAAGGAUGUUAUGCAAAGAACUUUGGGCCCAAGGGAUUUGGCUAUGGCCAAGGAGCAGGAGCCCUUGUCCAUGCUCAGUAAAGGUGCAACUCAAAACUAAGCAUCACACACUGAGAAUCUCUUCAUAAUCUAGACACAGAUAAUCACGUAAUACUAAACUACUGUGAAAUUUGAUUGGCAUUAAGUACUGUAUAUUACUCUGUACUUGGAUAGGCUAACUUGUAAAAAAGAGCAUUAUUUUCUUUUGCUUUGUUCACCAGAAUAUUCAAGAACCAUUACUUUUACAUUUUCAAUAAAAUCUGCUUUGAGUGUUU